UUUUCCAUAAUGCCAUUCAAUCUGCUAACUAGAUUGAUGGAAGGAUUUUAUAGCAACAUUUCUGUUGUGAAGAAAAAAAUAAUCUAUAAUCUAUAGAUAAUCUUUGCAAUAAAUUGUAACAGAAAUUAAGCACAUUAAAAUAUGGAAACAAUAUGAAUUGUUGCACAAAAAAAACUUGCAGAUCUUGCAUUGCUUAACUUAAAAACCUUUUGCCACACGACUGUUCUGCAGUUUAGCCCAGAGUCUCAAAUAGUUUCAAUCCGCCCCUGAAAAAAAAUCCAGAGCACGUUGGAGCUUGAGAAAAACCGAACAAGGGAGGAGUCACGAGGCGCAAGACACAGGAAGGCAGGACGUAAAUUCACAGACUACACUUACGGAGUGGCGGUAACAAAACUAACCACCGGCCGGUCCGGAGGUGGAAUUGGGUCUGCGCCGAAGGAAGGCUAAGGAACCAACCACAGUUUGAAUUCCUGAUGGCUGCAGAAAAAACAGAAACAAGCUUCUCCUCGCUGCAGAGCAUUCAUGUGAAACCGGGGGUAAUGUGAUUGACACCCACAACCAGCAAGCUGUCAGCCUAUUCAGAGAUUCACGGUGCACACAUGCCAUUGGGCCGGAAGAAAGGAAAGGCCCUUUGCAUGUUGAUGAUGAUCAACAUCUUGAUCUGUGUUCUGGUGGGCGUUUCGUGGAAACUUGGGCAUAAAGGCGAUCCGAAGGGGAUUCGGAUUCCAUCCAAGAGGUUCUGGGGCCGAAUGUUAAUGAGCAAAUCCUUCUGGAACAAGGAACAGCAGCGCUUGGACGUGAUUAACAACCCGCUUAUAAACUCUGAACUCUUUGGAGGCUCCUUCAUUGCUCUGCCGGAUUGGCUUAAUGAUACCGGACCUCUUGACCCAUGUGAAGCGGAUUACCGGGUCGCAAGGCAGGUUUUGGACUACAACAUUCUACCAAAGCGGUUCCAGGACUUUCUUUUACACAUGCGCUGUAGGAUGUAUCCGAUGCUGAUAAACCAGCCCCACGUCUGCGAUGAAAAACCCUUCCUUCUGCUGGUGGUCAAGUCACUGAUGCCGCAUUUCGACCGGCGCCAGGCCAUUCGCCAGACAUGGGGACACGCUGGCUUCUUAGCCAAUCGGAGUGUGGUGACAGUGUUCCUGCUUGGCAGAACUUCAUCUGUGGACAACUUCCCCGACCUGCAGGAGAUGCUAAACCAUGAGGCAAAGCUUCACAAAGACCUGCUGCAGUGGGACUACAGGGACACAUUCUUCAACCUCACCCUUAAAGAAGUCCUUUUUCUAGAGUGGUUCAGCACGCACUGUCCUCACGCUCAGUAUAUUCUCAAGGGUGACGACGACGUCUUUGUUAACACCUUACAAAUCAUUGACUUCCUGGGAGGCUUGUCUGAGGGCAAAGGCAAAGAUUUGUUCAUAGGUGAUGUUAUCAAGAAUGCAGGUCCCCACAGAAACAGAAAACUGAAGUAUUUUAUCCCUGAGAGUGUAUUUGUGGGGCAGUACCCACCCUACGCUGGCGGUGGAGGCUACCUGCUCUCUGGGGAUUUAGCAAUACGUCUUUCCAACAUUUCUCAGGAGGUGGUCUUGUAUCCCAUUGAUGAUGUCUACACUGGGAUGUGUCUGGAGAAGCUGGGCCUGGUGCCUAAAAAGCACCCAGGAUUUAGGACGUUUGACAUUGAAGAGAAGUACAGGGACAACCCAUGCAUCUACAGAAGCCUGAUGCUGGUUCACAGUCGAACACCACAGGAGAUGCUGGAGAUCUGGCCGUGGGUUACUCACCCUGAGCUGAGCUGCCAGUGACCUGUUUCAACUGGUUUUAAAGUUGUCAGAUAAUCUGCUUCAUUUUAUUGAGUAUUUUAAAUAUGUUUUUACAUAUUUGUUAAAAUGGUCACUAUGCACUGAAAUUAUGAGAUAAUCUGAGAAAAAAUGUUUCCUUCUCCCAGUGCUCCCAGUUCUUGAUGCACAAAUACACAGCUCCAUCAGAAAUAACCAAUCACAGCCAGGAGGAGGGUCUUACUGCUGUCAAUCAUCCUCAUAUAUGAGCUGCACUCACUCUCCCCCUUUCUCUCUGCUACCACAAAGGAGCAUAAUUGGUUAUGCUAACUAUGCUAAUUAGCAUAGCCAAGCAGUUUUUCUGUAACUGUAAGUUAUUUCUCCAAUAUUAGCACACUUAACAGAACGUACAUGAGGAUGAUUGACAGCGCUAAGAUACUCCUCCUGGCUCUGAUUGGUUGUUUUUGACCAGAAACUGUGCUGAUGGUGAUUUUAGCUUAGAGAAGAGAUGGAAGAAAUUGAUCUUUUCACAGACUAUCCGUUAUGCUGUACUGUCACGACAGCUUUAACAAAUAUGUAAAAAAGCAUAUUUUUGCAAAAGAUACAAAAUGCAGCUUUAAAGUAAUUAUACUAUUUUAUUGAUUUAAAUAGGUGUAUUUCAUUAAAGUACAAGAAUUAAAAUGUUACCGUGUGAAUUAUUGGUUUUGUAAUGAACUGGAGGAGGUGACUGAGGAGGAUGAGGUCUGAGAACAUCGCUAAGAAUUUCCUAUCAGUUGAUAUAGAUAAUUAUUGAUUAUUGUUUUGUUUUAAAUAUCUGAAAUACUGCCAAACUGGUGGCAUGACCCUGAUACUGCAGCUGUGCAAGUUACUCAACAGGUUGUUGCUAGGUAACCAAAGAGUGAAUGAGUUAGUUGAUACCAUCAACCUUGGUCAGCUCAGCUAAAGCAUUUACUCUGCUUACAUCCCCCAGAAUACCAUGUGGUUCAGUUGAAUUAUUAUACGGUCUGUCUAUUGAUAUUGAUCACAGGUUUAUUGUUGUUGAUUUAUUUCCCGGCCCUAACGAGGCCUAAAUAAAACACAA